CCCAGCUUGGUUCAGGGCGGUGUGAAAGGAGGUAGAACCUCGCGGCUGCUGAGCUGUCCCGCCCCUUGCUUCUGACGGCAUUUCCCAUGGCGGACUCUGCUGUUCCUUACUCUCUGGGCCCAAGUGCCCGGGCUUCCAGCACCCACCGAGACGCUACCGGUACUAAACAGACCAGUGCCCUGAAACGAAGAGAUGCGUCUAAAAGACAAGCGGAACUGGAAGCUGCCCUGCAAAGGAAGGUGGAGUCUGAGAGGAGAGCUGUACGCCUCGUAGAGCAGCUCCUGGAGGAGAACAUCACAGAAGAAUUCCUGAAGGAGUGUGGGAUGUUCAUCACACCUCACUACAGCGACGUCGUGGAUGAGCGGGCCAUCAUCAAACUCUGUGGCUAUCCUUUAUGUCAGAAGAAGCUAGGGGUUAUACCAAAACAGAAAUACCGGAUUUCUACUAAAACCAAUAAAGUCUAUGAUAUUACUGAAAGAAAGUCUUUCUGCAGCAAUUUUUGUUACAAAGCAUCUAAAUUUUUUGAAGCACAGAUUCCCAAAACUCCAGUAUGGGUUCGAGAGGAAGAGAGGCCUCCUGAAUUUCAGCUGCUGAAGAAAGGACAAAGCGGCUGCUCUGGAGAGGUCAUACAGUUCUUCAGAGACGCCGUUACAGCAGCAGACGUCGAUGCUUCUGGUGCCUUUGACGCGCAGUGUGAACCUGCUUCCUCCAGCACUUGGAGCGAGCGUGCCAACGACGAGUGUGCCAGCGACGAGUGUGCCAGCGAUGAGGAGGGGCCAGGCUUUGUUUCUUCUCUUCUCCCAGGAAACAGACCGAAGGCCGUGGGCACAAAGCCACACAGACAAAGCAGCACCGUGAAGAAGAGGGCUGCUCAGAAAGUGAACUCCAAGCACGGAGAACAGACCGUGUCAGAGGUCACGGAGCAGUUGGCUAAUUGUAGAUUAGAUAGUCAGGAGAAAGUGGCUACUUGUAAACUUCCUGCAAAGAAAGAAAACACUCAGAUUUCUCCGCCUGGCCCUUUGUGUGACAGAUUAAACACUUCAACAGUGUCUGAAAAUAAACGCAGUGUAUCACAAGUUACUCUUGUGGGCAUAAGCAAGAAGAGUGCUGAGCAUUUCAGGAGCAAAUUUGCCAAAUCCAACCCAGGGUCUGGGUCAGCCUCUGGUUUGGUGCAGGUGCGUCCUGAGGUCGCAAAGGCAAAUUUACUCCGAGUUCUAAAGGACACCCUGACUGAAUGGAAGACAGACGAAACACUGAAGUUUUUAUAUGGCCAGGACCAUGGUUCUGUGUGCCUGCAACCCUCUGCAGCCUCUGGGCCUGAUGAAGAACUUGAUGAAGAUGACAUAAGCUGUCAAGCUCAGAGCACCUUGGAUGAGACACUCCCCUUCAGAGGCUCAGACACAGCCAUCAAGCCACUGCCGAGUUAUGAGAGCCUGAAAAAGGAAACAGAGAUGCUGAACCUGAGGGUCAGGGAGUUCUACAGAGGACGCUGUGUUUUAAAUGAAGACAGUACCAAGUCUCAGGACUCAAAAGAGAAUGAGCUUCAGCGUGAUCCCAGCUUCCCCCUGAUUGAUUCGAGUUCCCAGAACCAGAUUAGAAGACGGAUUGUUCUUGAAAAAUUGAGCAAAGUAUUGCCCGGACUUUUGGGUCCUCUUCAAAUUACAAUGGGAGAUAUUUACACUGAACUUAAAAACCUUGUUCAGACUUUCAGAUUAUCAAAUAGAAACAUUAUCCACAAACCUGUGGAGUGGACUUUAAUCGCUGUGGUCUUGCUGUUACUGUUGACACCGAUUCUCGGCAUUCAGAAGCAUUCUCCAAAAAAUGUGGUAUUUACACAGUUUAUAGCCACCCUGCUGACAGAAUUGCAUCUAAAAUGUGAAGAUCUGGAAAACUUAGCCAUUAUAUUUAGAACCAGCUGCUAACAAGAAUGGUAAGUUGGAUUGUGUCUUUCUAUUUUGUUAGCUGUGUGAGCUUCUGAUCAUGCUCACGUGUUCACAGCCACAGGUUUAAAUUUCCAAAAACCAAUUGCAAACCUCAAGCUGACUUUAGCUUGCUAACAACUCAGCUACCCCUCGUCCUCAGCCGUCUCUGCUGCUUCCUGUCCACUUGACUUUGUACCUGUCCUUGUUGCAGGUCCUCCUUGUACACUCUGCAGCUCCAGUUCUUGCAUUCCAGGACACCCCCCUUGUCCCACCUGGGAAGUGUUUCCCUGGGAAACAGCAGCUCCCUGCAGUGGCCUUCAUGAGCAUUCUUGGUCUGCUGCCCCAAGAGUGACAUCAGCCUCUUUCUAGCAUCAUCUCAGUUCCCUCAGUACAGACAAGAGGCAAAUCUGUGUAUCUAGCUUUGUUGAAUUUUAUCCCUGCUUCCAGGAACACUCUAGUCUUUUGCCCUUGCAGGUGACCAUCAGAACAUCCCUGAACUGUAUUCCUUCUGUUUUCUCAUUUCACAUGCCCCUUCUUGUGCUCAGAUAGGAUAGAUUCUUUUAAUUUUGAAUUUGCCUAAUUUCUUUAAUUAACUCAAAAUUUUAUUGUAAAAACCAAACACAGAAAUACACAUAUGUAAUAAGAAUAAGAGGUCUUCCUUACUUCUGCUUCCAAUCCCCAAAACAUACUUGUACUAAUCAGUUUUUCCCCUCAUUAAUUUAUUUUUUCAAUUUGCCAAAUUGUGACUGUUUAUUAACUGACCAAAAAUACCAUGGAUGAACUAAGGUGUCGCCCAUGGUAAUUUAUUCAUUCACUUUACAUCCCAAUCACUGUGCCACCUCCUGGUCCCCCACCUCAAAUAGUCACUCGUCUCUCCCCUUGUCCUCUGAGAGCGGAGGCCUGCCCUUUAUCCUGGCACAUCAAGUCUGCAAGACUACAUCUUCUCCCACUGAGGCCAGACAAGGCAGCCCAGUU